UUCUUAGGGAGCUUGAAGCAUAUCCUAGAGACUGGAAAAACUACUUAAGAAUGGACGAGAAAACGUACUUUGAUUUAUUACGUAUAGUAACACCAUUGAUUACCAAACAAGAUACAAAAAUGAGGGAAGCCAUUACACCACAUGAAAAACUGACUGCGACAUUGCGGUAUCUAAGCACUGGCAGAACAAUGGAAGAUUUAAAGUUUUCAACGAGAAUUUCCCCCCAAACAUUAGGAAGAAUAAUUCCAGAGACCUGCUCAGCUAUUGUCAAGGCCUUGAAUGACUAUUGCAAGGUACCGAAUACAGCCGAGGAGUGGAAACAAAUUGCACAGGAGUACGGGGAAAAAUGGAAUUUCCCCAACUGCCUAGGCAGCAUGGAUGGAAAGCAUAUAGCCAAAACACCACCACCUGGAAGUGGUUCUUACUUCUAUAACUAUAAGGGUUUCCAUAGUCAGGUACUUUUCUGCAUUGCUAGUGCAAACUAUGAAAUAAUUUAUUUUCAUUUUGGUGUUAAUGGCCGGGUAUCUGAUGGAGGAGUUCUGAAAGAGACAGACUUCAACAAGAAACUAACAGAUAAAAGCCUCAAUUUACCUGAAGAGGGCAUUGUAGACGGCGAAGCUCUUCCAUACGUAUUCAUUGCAGAUGACGCCUUCCCCCUAACUGAGGUCAUAAUGAAACCCUUUUUUCCUAUAGGGUUGCAAACAAACCUAGAAAGGUAUAUAACUACCGACUCUCAAGAGCACGCCGAAUGGUCGAAAGUGUUUUUGGGAUUCUCGCUGAGAGAUUUCAGGUUCUACAAAAACCAAUCACCUUCAUUGACUUGA